AAAAAGGUCUAUUUCUCACCUCAUUUUCUCUGCCUCUCCUUUCAGGUCUGGUGCAACAAUUCCCAGCUGCCCGUGGACCACAUCCUGGCCGGCUCUUUUGAGACCGCCAUGAGGCUCCUCCAUGACCAGGUGGGAGUGGUCACCUUCUCCCCCUACAAGCAGCUCUUCCUGCAGACCUACGCCCGGGGACGAACCACCUACCAGGCUUUGCCCAGCCUGCCCUCGAUGUAUGGGUACCCUCAUCGCAACUGGAAGGACGCCGGGGUGAAAAACGCCGUCCCAGCUGUGGGCCUGAAGCUGAACGACCUCAUCCAGCGCCUGCAGCUCUGCUACCAGCUGACCACGGCCGGCAAGUUUGAGGAGGCCGUGGAGAAAUUCCGCUCCGUCCUGCUCAGCGUCCCGCUGGUGGUGGUGGACAACAAGCAGGAGAUUGCCGAGGCCCAGCAGCUGAUCGCCAUUUGCCGUGAGUACAUUGUGGGGCUGUCCAUGGAGCUGGAGAGAAAGAAGCUGCCCAAGGAUACCCUUGAGGAACAGAAGCGCAUUUGUGAGAUGGCCGCCUACUUCACCCACGCCAACCUGCAGCCUGUCCACAUGAUCUUGGUCCUUCGAACGGCCCUCAACCUCUUCUUCAAGCUCAAGAACUUCAAGGCGGCCGCCACCUUCGCUCGCCGACUCUUGGAGCUUGGCCCCAAGACCGAAGUGGCUCAGCAAACCCGGAAGAUCCUGUCUGCCUGCGAGAAGAACCCCAUCGACACUCACCAGCUCAACUACGACAUGCACAAUCCCUUCGACAUCUGCGCUGCCUCCUUCCGGCCCAUCUACCGGGGCAAACCCGUGGAGAAGUGCCCGCUCAGCGGAGCCUGCUAUUCGCCCGAGUUCCGCGGCCAGAUCUGCAGGGUCACCACUGUGAGUUGUUUUGCUUUUUUCUAUCCCCUCUUUGGACAUCAUCUCUCAGGGCGUGGGGCUUCUCAGCCAUGGUGAUUUCAACUCCCAGAA